AGAUCAGUUCUUGUUUCGCUCUAGGUCUGUGUAUGAGGAAGUAGAUUUGAACGCUGUGGAUGUUGAAGUCUUCUUGGUGUCUCUCUGACUGACUGUGUGUGCUGGAGACUUCCUGACUGUGAUGGCUGUGCUGUGAGGGUCUAGUGUGGGAUUACCGACACACACACACACACUCUGGAUUUUGGACAGCUGAGGCAGGACCGCAGGAAGAGAGAGGCACACACAACGCUGGCACGAUGGGCAGUAAGUACCACUGGCAGAGUCAGAAUGUCAAGCAGAGCGGUGUGGACGACAUGGUGCUGCUGUCCAAGAUCAGCGAAGACGCCAUUGUGGAAAACUUGAAGAAGAGAUUCAUGGAUGACUUCAUCUUUACCUAUAUUGGCUCUGUGUUGAUAUCAGUGAACCCAUUCAAACAGAUGCCCUAUUUCACUGACCGGGAAAUUGAACUCUACCAAGGGGCUGCCCAGUAUGAAAACCCUCCCCACAUUUACGCCCUGACUGAUAACAUGUACAGGAACAUGAUGAUUGAUCAGGAGAACCAGUGUGUUAUUAUCAGCGGGGAGAGUGGAGCUGGGAAGACUGUGGCUGCCAAGUACAUUAUGGGUUACAUCUCCAAAGUAUCAGGAGGAGGUGAUAAAGUGCAGCAUGUGAAGGACAUCAUCCUCCAGUCCAAUCCUCUACUGGAGGCCUUCGGCAAUGCCAAGACUGUCCGCAACAACAACUCCAGCCGCUUUGGUAAGUACUUUGAGAUCCAGUUUAGCAGAGGAGGAGAGCCGGACGGUGGUAAAAUCUCCAACUUCCUCCUUGAGAAGUCGAGGGUGGUGAGCCAGAACGAGAACGAGAGGAACUUCCACGUCUACUACCAGCUAAUAGAGGGAGCCAACCCCCAGCAGAAAGAAGCCCUGGGCAUCAUGACUCCAGACUACUACUACUACCUGAACCAGUCAGGGACAUACAAAGUGGACGGAACCAACGACAGCAAGGACUUUCAGGAGACAAUGGAAGCCAUGCAUGUGAUUGGGAUCCCAGUGGCCCACCAGGCUCAGGCGCUGCAGAUCAUAGCAGGAAUCCUGCACCUUGGAAACAUCAGCUUCAUAGAGGCAGGCAACUAUGGCAAGGUGGAGAGCACUGACUUGCUUGCCUUCCCUGCCUAUCUGCUGGGCGUUGACCCAACGCGUCUGCAAGACAAACUAACCAGCAGAAAGAUGGACUCGAAGUGGGGUGGAAAGUCUGAAUCCAUCGAUGUGACUCUUAACCAGGAACAAGCCACCUACACCCGCGACGCCCUGGCUAAGGCCCUUUACACACGGCUCUUUGACUACCUGGUGGAGGCCAUAAACAAAGCCAUACAGAAACCUCAUGAAGAAUACAGCAUAGGCGUUCUUGACAUAUAUGGCUUUGAGAUAUUCCAGAGGAAUGGGUUUGAGCAAUUCUGCAUCAACUUUGUCAACGAGAAGCUACAGCAGAUAUUUAUUGAGUUGACACUGAAGGCUGAACAGGAAGAGUAUGUUCAGGAAGGCAUCAAGUGGACACCAAUUGAGUAUUUCAACAACAAGGUUGUCUGUGACCUCAUCGAGAAUAAGUUGAACCCGCCAGGCAUCAUGAGUGUGCUGGAUGAUGUGUGUGCCACCAUGCAUGCCAAGGGUGAGGGGGCAGACGGUACCCUGCUCCAGAAGCUCUCGGCGGCGGUGGGCACACACGAACACUUCAACAGCUGGAACUCGGGCUUCGUCAUCCACCACUAUGCAGGCAAGGUCUCCUACGAAAUAAACGGCUUCUGUGAGAGAAACCGGGAUGUGCUUUUUACUGACCUUAUUGAACUGAUGCAGAGCAGCGAACAUGCCUUCAUCCGCAGCCUUUUCCCUGAAAACCUCAACACAGACAAGAAGAGCAGGCCCACCACUGCUAGCUGUAAGAUCAAGAAACAAGCCAAUGAUCUGGUGAACACGUUGAUGAAGUGCACCCCCCACUAUAUUCGAUGUAUCAAACCCAACGAGACUAAGAGACCCAAGGACUGGGAAGAGAGUCGGGCGAAGCACCAGGUAGAGUACCUUGGGCUGCGGGAGAAUAUCCGUGUACGUCGAGCUGGCUACGCCUACCGCAGAGUCUUCAAUAAGUUCCUACAGAGGUACGCCAUCCUGACGGCAGAGACGUGGCCGUGCUGGCGGGGGGGAGAGCAGCAGGGGGUCCUGCAUCUCCUCCGCUCUGUCAACAUGGACACAGACCAGUACCAGAUGGGACGCUCCAAGGUCUUUGUCAAGGCCCCAGAGUCGCUCUUCCUAUUGGAGGAGAUGCGGGAGAGGAAAUUCGACACGUUCGCCAGGACCAUCCAGAAGGCCUGGAGGAAGUACAUCGCCAGGCGGAAAUAUGAACAGAUGAGGGAAGAUGCUUCAGACAUCCUGUAUAACUCUAAGGAGCGGAGGAGGAACAGCAUCAACAGGAACUUUGUAGGAGACUAUCUGGGCCUGGAGCAGAGGCCUGAGCUCAGACAGUUCCUGGCCAAGAGGGAGCGAGUCGACUUCGCAGACUCUGUCAACAAGUUUGACCGCAGGUUCAAGUCUAUCAAGAGGGACCUCAUUCUGUCUCCCAAAGGCAUCUACCUCAUAGGCAGAGAGAAGGUGAAGAAGGGGCCAGAGAAGGGACAGAUAAAGGAGGUGUUAAAAAGGAAGCUGGAGUUUGAGAGUAUCCACUCUAUCUCUCUCAGUAUGAGACAGGACGAUUUUUUCAUUGUGCAUGAGACUCAGUAUGACAGUCUGCUAGAGUCCAACUUCAAGACUGAGUUCCUCAGCUUGCUCUGUAAGCGCUAUGAAGAGGUGACCAAGAACAAGCUGUCUCUCUCCUUCAAUGACAGGCUGGAGUUCCGGGUGAAGAAGGAGGGCUGGGGAGGAGGGGGCACCCGUGUUGUGGUGUUCCAGAGGGGACAGGGGGACCUGGCAGAGAUCAAACCAGCUGGAAAGACCCUUACCAUCACGGUGGGAGAUGGCCUGCCCAAGACCUCCAAGCCCACCAAGAAGGGAGCGCUACAGAUCCGUGCAGGCGGCAGGAGUCAGCCUACCAGUAGAGGGUCCCAGAAUGGUGCACCCAGAGGUAGAGGUGCCCCACUGCCCCAGCAGCACACCUAUACCUCCCAGAAACAGAACCGCCCCCCCAGCGCCGUCCUCCCCAAACUGGGCUCCCAGAAUCCCAGACGAGGCCCGGCUCAGACUCAGACUCAACAGGGGAACCUGGACUUCCUCAACGUGCCUGACCAGGGCGUGUCUGGAAUGCAGAGGAGGAGGAGUAUCAGCAGCCAGCGGCCGCCCCCGGCCCCAUCCAGCCGACCCAAGGCCCAGCCCCGCCCCAUGGGCCCACGUUGCCGGGCGUUGUACCAGUACGCUGGCCAGGACACCGAUGAGCUCAGCUUCGACGCCAAUGAUGUCAUCGACCUGCUCAAUGAAGAUGCAUCAGGCUGGUGGAGGGGCAGGUUUCGUGGCAAGGAGGGACUCUUCCCUGGGAACUAUGUGGAGAAAAUCUGAUGACUGCCUGUUCUGUGCCCGAAAAGUUGUAUGGCAUAACGAUCCACUGUAAAGCAAUGGUGAAUUGCAUGUGAGCCAAACAGUAAUAUCUGAUUCACAAGAGUUUCAACAGGAUUGUCAUGUUGACACCAGUGCUUUGUAUUAUCUGCACAACAAUAUCAGUACAGAGAAAGAAACAUGUUGAAAAGCUAUCUGAAACAGAAGACUGUGCCUUUUUUAUUUUUUAUUUAUGUUAUAUUGUCAGCCAUAACUGAUUUAACUGGGCCUUAUUCCAGUUUCACAAAGAGGACUUUGAUGCAAAGCUUUGAGGUGCUAACGCAAAAGAAGAUGUAAUGAUUUUAUGCACAUAUAUAUUUUUUUGUGAUGUCAAAUGUAGGGCCAUCAAGUGUGGAUGUAAAAUCCUCCCAAAAGUCCAUAUUUUCUAUUCAAGUAAAUACUACCUGUAAGCAACCAGUAGGAGGUACUGUUGCACCAUUUCCAUGUCUUCAACUCUUGCAAAUGCUCUGAAAAUGAAAGGUUGACUGAUGUAUGAUAAUAUACAUGAGUCUUUGGUGUUAUAAGCUUCUUUCUGCUUUGUUGGAUUCAGUACAAAACUAGUUUAUGGACUUCUUUUAUAACUGUUGUAAAAUAACUUGAAAUUAACAAAUUAACAGAGACAGUGGUCAGUGACAGUGGUCACAAUAAAGAAAUAUUUUCUAUAAAUGCAAUUCAUUGAUACACUGUUUGCAUCAUCAUUGGCAUCAUGUGUAACUAAAUUGAACUUGAUGCUUUAAGACCACCUCAUUCGUACAUCAUGUUAGCGAUGUGUGAUGAACCCUAGAAUGCAUCCUUGUUCGAAGUGUCGUAAACCUGUACGAAUGCUGUCUUCAUUAUGGCUAUGAAUAAUGUGUCACCUUGAAUUGGUAGCCUUGAAUGAUUCCUACAGGUGGUUGUGAAUGACAGGUGGACAAAAGAGAGUCCAGCGCAGCAGAUUAUUCUCCAGCUGGGAACACUGGUCCAACAGGUGAGCCGUGAAUACAACUGGGAGCUUCACGUGUUAAAAAUUGAAAUGCUAAUCAUUUACAAUGGUCAAUGUGUAGCUGCAGGUUUCUACUAUUCAUUGGAGCAGUUACUGAAGCAUGCAGCAAGUAUGUUUUAUAAAUACAUGCCUUGACAAUAAAACUACAUGUUCUGUUA